CUAGCUUUUUCUAAAUAUGUACAUUUUGUUGUUCUUGCACUGUAUAGCCAGCAUUGUGGUUUGGGCAUCGCGGACAUCAGACGCUAUCCUCGGACGACGGUAAGCAGAGUCUAGAGCAAUGGCAUUCAAAGCAGCGUUGUUGGCGCUCCUUGCCCUUACGGCCCUUCUGAGUGCCAUGGCUGAAGACACGCACGUCGAGAGGCAGACAACGGAGGGCCGUGUUCGUGGCAAGGUUGUGCGCAGCCUUGGCAAGAUUGUGGAGGAGUACCGCGGCAUCCCUUUCGCCGAGCCUCCCGUAGGCACGCUCAGGUUCCGUCCUCCACAACCAAAGGCACCGUGGGAAGGAACGUUAGAUGCCACUGCAGGAUCUACAGCGUGCCCUCAGGUAACCUAUCCGGGCUUCGGCAUGGACCACCUCAACAUUACGGAGGACUGCCUUCAUCUCAACGUAUGGGUCCCCGAACUGGCCAGGAACGCCAGUUCGAGUCGACCGGUCUUGAUCUGGAUCCACGGAGGGGGCUUCGCGUUCGGCAGCGCCAAUGAGGCGAACUACAGCGGAGCCGUGUUGACUGCGUUCGCGGAGGUCCUCGUCGUGUCCAUGAAUUACCGCCUAAGCAUCCUCGGCUUCCUCAACGCGAACUCUCCAGAUGCGCCGGGGAACGUUGGUCUUCUAGACCAGGUCAUGGCGUUGCAGUGGGUGCGGCGCAACAUCGAAUUUUUCGGGGGUGACCCACAGCAAGUCACGUUGUUCGGAGAGAGUGCGGGGUCAUGGAGCGUGCACGCACACAUCAUGUCGCCCAUGAGCGAGGGUCUCUUCAAGAGAGCACUCUUGAUGAGUGGCACUAUGUACAGCAUCGACACGUGGGACACGGUACAUGAGAGCAUGGUCAAGGGUGACAAGGUGGCUGGCAUCGUCGGCUGCUCCGAGGGUGGUGCAAUCAACCUGUUUUCAAAUCCUGAGGACGUCAUAAGUUGCCUCCGCAACAAGUCCACAGAUGAGCUCGUUGCCGCGGCUGGACAGAGCACGGCCCCCAAACUUAUGGCUUUCUUUCCAACCUAUCACGACGCCUUCCUCCCGAGGAAUCCAAUUGAGGCACUGAAGCGCGGUUUUUUCACGCCUGUCGAUGUCAUGGCGGGAGUCACUUCCGACGAAGCGGCUAUCUUGUUCCUGUUCCCGCCGGUGCCUGACUUCAUAAUUGAAGACCUUGUUUCGGUGUCUCCAAAUAGAAUCACUGAGUCUCUUGAAGCCUGUUUGUCACGUUUGUGGAAGCAAGACACACCAGACGUGCUACGCAUGUACGUUGACGACGCUCCGCAAGGUGACAACAACGCUCUGAAGAGGCAGUACGUCGACUUCUCGUCGGACAGGGUGUUCAACUGUCCGUUACGGUUCAUGGCAGACAAGCACAGCGAACGGGGAGGAAAAGUGUUCGCCUACGUCUUCGCCCACAAGUCGGCGACAGUACCGCUGCCUGGCUGGAUGGGGACGCCCCAUGCCUUCGAAAUAUCGUUCGUUUUCGGAGAGAAGUACGCCGCGGAGCCAGCAUCGCGGGACGGCCGCAUGAGUGAGGCCUUCAUGCGGAUGGUGGCCACCUUCUCUGAAGAAGGGGUUCCAGAAUUACCAAACAACCAGCAAUGGCCACCGUACACGCAGAGUUCUCCCAUUAUGAUGGUGAUGGACCACGAUACCUUCAACCACACGCAGGAUUUCCGUGCAAGUCACUGCGAGCGAUGGAGGCCACUGUUCUAAAAGAAAUUAAAGAAGUGGUUUACUUAUUUAUGUGUAUUAUUAUUGAUCAAACCUACAUUCUAUGACGAUAGUGGUUAAGUUGGCAAAUUUGCUAGUCUUUUUCCCCUCUGGAAGAAGUAAAAUUCGCUUGUUCAUAAAUAAUUUCUGCACCAUUA